GUGCCAGGUGACAGAAGAGAAGGGGAGGGAUUUGUGGAAUCCACAGCAACUAUUGGUCUGUUUUCAUUGAUUGGAAUGACAGUCAGUUUCAACCGCCCUGGUUCCCUCCUAGCUCCUUCUUUUGAAUAUCCUGUUUGUUUGUUUUAUCUGCUGUUCUUCUGUUUGCAUUCAGGUUGGAUCACUUUGAUGGACUUAUUCCCUUUGACUUUAAGACUGAACCAACCAAUUUGGAGUCCAACUCCAAAUACCUGGUGAACCUGCUGUCCAUGGAGUUGACCUAUUUCUGCAGUGGUCUGCUGUUUGCAGCCGUUGUGAGGAGAUGGGUCUGGGACUACGCUCUCACAGUCACACUACUGCACGUACUGCUCACCAGCCUGGUGAUGUUGGAGUUUCCCUUGGUAUGGCAGUGGUGGCUGGCCCUUGGCAGCGGGUUGUUUCUGAUGAUCUGUAACGGUCAGCUGAUAGCUUACUUCACCUGCCAGAGUGACCAGAGUUACCCCACCUUCAACAGCUACUGAGUACACACACACUGACUAGAGUUCUUUGCAGUGAGUCCGGUGGAAAUGGAGGGAAACCAAAUGUUCCUGUUGACUUGGUUACCUGUUUGAUUGUUGCACUUUGUUUCUGUUGGACCGGCUUCCCAGACACCAAUUGAGCCAAGUGAUUCUCCACUGAGCAAUCUUUUGAGUCCAGGAAACAGCUCUUAUAUGUAAUAUCUGUAGUAUGUAAUAUCUGUAGUAUGUAAUAUCUGUGGUAUGUAAUAUCUGUAGUAUGUAAUAUAUGUGUUCUCUACGAAUGUUAAUCUUAUGUCAGACAAUGUUAAUCAUGUAAUUUAUCAUCUUAGACCUAUUAAACCAGCUGUAACCUCGCA